UUGUUGCAGUCGGUUCUAGUGUUGUUUUCAAAGAAAAAAGUGAAACAAAGAAAGAAAUGUUCUGGGAAUUUUGGUCCGUUGAACGGGACUGUCUGAUUUGCCUUGAUGAACUAAAAUGGCCCGUGUUCUGCCAUAACUGUAAAAAAGGAAUUUGCUACGACUGCUUGCAGACAUGGUAUGGCACGAGUCGUAUCUGCCCUCACUGCAGAUGUCCGCCCAAAAGUGCUAUCGGAACAAUGAUCGAUCAAAAAGAGAUAUACGCCUGCGUGAAAGACGGUGGACUCAUUGAGUAUCACUGUGAACAAUGUUUGCAGUGUAUUUGUCGAAAAUGCAUUGGACCAGGAGGGCAACACUUUCGGCAUUGCACUCGUAGCUUGCAAGAGUUGUUAUCGGAAACGUUGCAGUCGAUAGAGCUGCUGAAAAUCAACAUAACUGGUGCUGUCGAAAAGAUGGACAAAAUCCGUGCUUUAGCUCCCCACGGUCAUCCGAAGGAGUUAGUUAAUCAAAUAACCCCUAUCAGAGAAAUACUUAAAAUUCAAAAGUUUUCUUGUGACUUCAAGAUACAAGACAUGGCCUUCUUCAAACACAGUUUUUCAAUAGAAUCAUUUUUCAGACAUCAGUCUGAAUGCGUUUAUUACGCCAAGCAAACCAAUGGUAAUCAGUGGAAAUGUAUUGUUUUUCCAAAUGGCAAUAGCGAUGCUCGUCAGAAGUUUGUUAGUUUGUAUUUGGAGCUUUCCAAAGGAAUCGCUUCACGCUAUGAGUACAAAUUUACUAUCUACAACGCCGCUUCGAAGGGAGUACUGGCAGAAUAUUAUGCGGUUGAUGAUUUUUCGGAAGGUCGCAGAUCUCUAGCCUGCCAACGAUUGAUUUCAAUUGAGGAAGCUCGGGCGAAGGCAGUGGCAUAUAACGAUGGUAAAGUGCAAUUAAGCUUUGAAAUACGACCCACAGCUGCAUGCUAUGGAUUGAAUUGUGCUGCCUCGUUGGCUAACAAUAAGUAUAAAAUGUUGGAGUAUAAAACUUUCUCAUUCGUGGUGCAAGAUUUCGAUGCUAAACGAAGUCUAAACAAAAUCAUUUUUUCCAACGUGGUUUACGAUCAGCAGAAUAUCGCCUGGCGAUUUCGAAUUGAUUGCAACGGACACCAAGAGCAGGGUGAAUAUGUGAGUGCUUACUUAGAGCUACUAAACGGUGCCGCUGGAUGGUUUGAUAUUGUAAUAGAAAUAGUUCAUCCCAAGGAUAAAUGGCGGACUUUUAGACGAGAACUAACGCAUGAAUUUUCCGUACACUCAAACUGGGGUAUACCACACUUCAAAGCGUUGGGUGACGUGCGUGAUUUCUUGGAUUCAAACACGUUGAGGUUCCAGUAUGGAAUGCGUCCGGCACGAUCGAAUUACGAAAUGUGUUAGAACAUUUCCUGAUUUAUUUUGUAAUACCUUACCCCAAAAUGAAUUGAAUUUGAAUGAAACAACGACCAUAUAAUGAAUUAUCUGAAAUAA